AUGGUAAAGGAAACGAAGAAAUCAAAGAAAGAAGCUGUAGCCGCGAUGGAAGGUCGCGCCGCCGCGACCAAAACCGCCAAAGCCGGAAAAGCAAAAAAGGUAGACAAGAAAAGGGCCUGGUUUUCAUUUGGAACUACGGGAAAGGACUCUAGUAGUGACGAUGAAGGUGCUACUCAACACGUAGUCGCCAAAACUGCUUCCAAAAACAAGGGUGCGCCUGAGUCGUCGGAUUCAAGCUCUGAAACUGAUUUUGAAGUAGUUCCCAAAGAAACUGCGGCAAAACAAGUUAACAAGAGACCUGCAGAUGAAAACAGGGGCGCCGCGCAAAAGAAAACCAAGAGAGCCGCAGCUACAACCACCAAGGCUUCUCAAAAGGCACCUGCCAAGAAAACACCGGCAAAAAAGGCUGUGGUUGUUAAAAAAGCCCAACAAGUGAAGAGUGACGAUGAAUCUGACGAUAGCGAUGAUGAUUCAAGUGAGGAGGAUGUCGUACUCGCAAAAGCGCCAGAGGCAUCGGGACACUUGACUCAGACAAAGCAAGACGAUGCUGAAGACGACGAAGACAGUGAAGAUGACGAUGAUUACACUGGCGGUGAUGAUGAUUCUGAAGACGACUCAGGUGACAGCGACGAUGACGAAGACUCUGAAAGUGACGAAGAUGGCGAUGUUGGAACCACAAAGGAGGCAGAAGAAAAGGACUCCGACGAAUCCGCAGAUGAUUCUGAAGAGUCUGAUGAUGAAGACGUUGCACCAGUAAAAUCAAUCUCGAAGCCCGACGUUUCUGAGGACUCUGAUUCCGAAGACUCCGACGAAUCCGCAGAUGAUUCUGAAGAGUCUGACGAUGAGGACGUUGCACCAGUAAAAUCAAUCUCGAAGCCCGACGUUUCUGAGGACUCUGAUUCUGAAGAUUCAGACGACUCGUCAGAUGAAUCAUCAGAUGACGAGGAAGAAACCGCAGUUAAGCCGAUCUCCAAGCCGAAAGUCACGGAAGAAUCCGAUUCCGAAGAUUCCGAUGAAUCUUCAGAUGAUGAAGAAAUGGUUUCGGCUAAGUCUACGCUUAAACCACAAGUAUCUGAAGACUCCGAUUCUGACGAUGAGGAUGACGACGAUGAUGAUUCUGAAGACGACUCAGGUGACAGCGACGAUGACGAAGACGGCAAUGUUGAGACCAUUAAAAGGCAGAAUGCAAUGGAUGUUGACGAAGAUGAUUCAGAUGAUAGUGACGACGAGGAAGAAGAAGAAGAGGAUUCGUCAUCGGAAGAAGAGAUGGUGAAACCGGCUCCUUCGUCAGCUCCCCAAACCCCCAGAGAAACAAAGAAGAAGCAGAACAAAAAUGUGCCCACUGAAAUCACAUCGGUUCCAUCAAGUGCUAGAGGUGAAAGGACUGAAAUUUACUGUGGUGGACUCCCUUUCCAAAUUACCGAAGACGAAGUCAAGGAGCUCUUCGAAGCAGACUGCGGGCCUAUUGUGCGUAUUAACAUGUUGCAGCGCAAGGGUAUCGCUUUCAUCACGUUCGCCAGUGAAGAAUCCGCUCAAAAGGCACUUGAGUAUAACGAAACCUCAUAUCAGGGCCGCACACUGAAAAUCAAUUUAACAGCGGAUCAUGUAAAACCAGCACGCCAAAAUGGAUUUGGUGGUGAACAGAGCGAUGUGCCGCAGAGUGGAACUGAGGUAUGCAUACGAAAUCUCAGCUACAACACUACCGAGGAGACCAUGCGCGAACUAUUUUCCGAAUGUGGUGAAAUUCUGCGUUGUGUGAUCCCCAAAUUUGAAGACACGGGAAAAAGCAUGGGACGAUGUUUCAUCGGAUUCACCAACGAAGAAGCAGCUGCACGUGCUGUAGACUAUGACAACACCGAGAUCGAUGGGAGAACCGUGAGCAUCCAGUACGCCAGACCGAGAUCUGCUAGAGGAGAUUCCCGCGGUGGUCGCGGAGGUUUCGGUGGACGUGGUAGGGGUAACAUGGGAGGCCGAGGUGGAUUCGGAAACAGCCGCGGUGGACGCGGAGGUUUUGGAGGACGCGGUAGAGGCAAUAUUGGUGGUAGAGGUGGAUUCGGAAACAACCGAGGAGGCCGUGGAGGGUUUGGUGGCGGAUCUGGUGAUUUCAAGCGUAAGAAUGACGGUGCUGGCACCAUAGACAUAGAUCCCAAAAAAUCCAAAUCUAUUGUUUUCAACGACUCGGACUAA